UUCCGGUUCCGGUGGGCUCCCGCUUCCGGCGUGCGUGGCGCGUCAGAGUCCCCGCGUCCCCACCCGCAGAGUUUUAAAAGUGGAGUGUCGCCUGGCACGGCCGAGUCGUCAACCCUCGGUUACGGAAACGUAGACCGUUAUGGUGGCCCCGGACUGUGCCCGCGCUCCAGGCUGCUUUGCGAAGCUGGCGCCUGCCCCCGGCUUCCUCCGCGCCCCGGACGGGGUGUCUGCAGGCGCGGCGCUGACUGUCGGGGCUGAGUUCCGUGUGGCCGGCUGCCCCGUGCGCGCCGGGACGCACCUGCGACAGUGACCGGCACGUGGUGGAGGGAGUGUGUCCCUGAGAAAUGGCCGGAGCAUGGCUUCCAGCGGUGGGACCCGCAUCGGAAUGCUGGGGCUACCGCGAAACCAUUGCUUCUUCCCUCCUCCGUCCUCGAGGCCAGCCGUGACCUGAGGAGUCGGCUUGCCAGGUAGGGACCAUCUAGAAGCUGCCGGCCACGUAUGUCUUCUGAAAGAUGCCUGUGACCUGGAAAGCUCAUCUGAAAUUGCCCGCCUCAUCAAGGCCGAGAACUUGGAGGCAGCGCUGGCUCUUCAUCUGUACAGAGGAGGCCGACUCCUGCGAGGUCAUGGAAUCCCAUUUGGAAUCAUCUUUGGUGGAACUGAUUUAAAUGAAGAUGUUAACCACAGAGAAAAAAACGAAGUGAUGGGAAAGGUCCUCGAAGAAGCCAGAUUUGCUGUCGCUUUCACAGAGUCAAUGAAGGAAAUGGCGCAGACACAGUGGCCACAUGCCAGGGGGAAGAUCUACGUCCAGAGUCAAGGGGUCGUGACCGUACCAAACGCCGCCUUCAGCUGGGACACCUUCCUCCACCGUUCAGGGAUUAACCAAAGUGCUGAUAACUUACACAUCUUUCUCCUGGUGUGUGGCCUUAGACAAGUUAAGGACCCUCUUUACUUGGUGGAUGUGUUCUCAGAAUGGCAUCGUGAAGAGCCUAACGUCUACAUGGUGAUCGCAGGUCCUGAAGUCGACCCAGUGUUCACGAGAGAAGUGCAGGACAGAGUAAAGAGGACGGCCGGGGUGCGGCUGCUCGGAGAGAUGCCCCAGGAGGACCUGCAUGCGGCCCUGAAGAACUGCUUCGCGGUGGUGAACAGCUCCGUGUCCGAGGGCAUGUCCGCUGCCAUCCUGGAGGCCAUGGACCUGGAAGUGCCGGUGCUGGCUCGGAACAUCCCCGGGAACGCGGCGGUGGUGAGGCACGAGGUCACGGGCCUGCUGUUUUCCGACCCUCAGGAGUUUGCUCAGCUGGCGAAGAGACUGGUUCGUGAUCCCGCGCUAGAAAAAAAAAUUGUGGCCAACGGAAGGGAGUAUGUGAGGAGGUAUCACUCGUGGCAGGCGGAAAGAGACACCUACCAGCACCUCGUCCGGACCCUGGAGGGGGGCGUCGGGGAGUAAGGGCGCCCGCCCGUGGCUGCACCGUCAAUGCCCAGCCCUGGGUGCAUACUAGAGACGGAGUCCCGGGCCAGCGGCUCCAGUCUGGUCCACGUCAAGCCAGUUCCAUGGAACCAUCAAGAAACAAUGCCAGUUGUAAGAAAGAACCUCAUCCAAAACCUGCCUGGGCUUCCAGAGACCAUCACAGCCGUGUCUAGCACAUCAGGUCCCUGGCAGUAGAGGGCCAGGCAGGGGGAGGCAGGGAGAGGGCAUCAGCCACUACGGGACUCAGGGCCAAGCACCGCCACACAGAACCCCCCCCCCCCGCCUUCUGACGCCCUGUAGCCACUGUGCAAAGCCGACAGCCAAAACCCGAGUGUGCACAGAAUAAAGCGUUGUCGCCCUCCGCCCCGGACGCAGCCGCCGUGCGUUCCUGCUGGGAGCCGCGUCUGCGAGAAACGCCCGCCACCCCCGUCCUGUCCCAGCCCCAGACCCGGGGUACUGACGCCGAGGCCUCUCCCGAAGCGGGGUUUGCGCGCAGUCCUCACUUCGGCGUCCGCAAGC